CUCGCUUAGUGUGAUGUACAGCGCUCCGUGAGAGUUCUUGACGAGAUACAUCGCGUAAAUCGGCGUUAACUGCGUCACAAGUACCAAUCGUAAGUGACAGCUCGAUUACAGAUUUGUGCGUGGAAUGUUGCGCCUCUCUAGUUCCAGCUAGUGAUUUUCGACAACGUUCGUUGAGUGAUAAUAUAGUGACACGAUAUAUUUUUUAUUUUUUUGGAUAAAUUCAGUGUUUCAAGAUUCAGUUUCUAUGAACGGGCAGUACGGCGGCUGGAACGUCCAGAAAAUGGACAUGAACUUGAUGGAGCCCUUGGCGGAGAUGGACGGUUUUGAGCCGCAGACUCGCGCGCGCUCAAACACGUGGCCGCUGCCCCGGCCCGAAAACUAUGUGGAGCCGGCCGAUGAGGCGGGCAACAAGUGUGUGGCGGGCCAGCAGGGACCGGGACCCGUCCCUUCCGUGACGGCUAGCGUACCCACGAAAAAGAAUUCCAGCAGGAGGAACGCCUGGGGGAAUCUCAGCUAUGCUGAUCUCAUCACUCAGGCCAUAAAGACGUCGCCGGAUCAGAGACUUACGCUCAGCCAGAUUUACGAAUGGAUGGUCCAGAACGUGCCCUAUUUCAAGGAUAAAGGAGACAGCAAUAGUUCUGCUGGUUGGAAGGCAUCAACAAAAUUCCUAAUUCCGAAAACUUUUAAAACCAGCCGUGAUUACUCGCCGAAUAAUUUAAUAACAGAAGAAAAAAAACGCGCUAUGCGGAAUAUUUUCGAAAUUAAUAGUUAA